CCAGAUGAGAGCCCGUGGCGAGCGACUCAAGAUGACCUCGGACCUUCUGUCUUCGGUGCGCCUCGUGAAAAUGUAUGCAUGGGAAGGCGCCUACCAGGAGAAGCUGUUGCGGGCCAGAGACGUGGAGAUGAAGCCGCUCUUCUGGGUCAACGUACUGGACGGCCUCAUUGACUCCAUAUACAGUGCCUCGAGCUCUGUGUUGAUCAUCAUAUUGUUCGGAACCUUGGUUGUCUUCAACCCGGGACAAGUCCUCACACCUGCCGUUACGUUCAGUUGUGUGUACAUCGUUUUUUUAACGGAUGUCACCAUGGCGCUCAUGGCCUGCGCCCUGCGAUGCAGGAGUCAGAUAUCUCUGGCAGUGAGACGGAUUGUUGAAUUCUGCACCGAAGAAGAAAAAGAGGAGCUGAAGGUCAACUUUGAAGACAAGGCUGAAAAACGAGAAGGAGAGGUGAUUCUUUCCAACAGUUCUUUUACGUGGAGCAAGAACACGUCCGACGAGACCGGCGCCGGCCUCGAUAAUGUCAGCCUCCACGUGAAGCCCGGCUCCCUGGUGGGCGUGGUAGGGUUCGUGGGCAGCGGCAAGUCCUCCCUGCUCUCCGCUAUCCUCGGAGACAUGCACCUGUUGGAGGGCACCGUCAAGUGCAACGGCCGCGUAGCCUAUGUCCCGCAAAUCGCCAACGUCCACAACAUGAGUGUGCAGUCCAACAUCCUUUACGGAAAGUCCAUGCAGGACGAAGACUAUGGCCGCGUGCUUGGCGCUUGCCAACUUCACGAGGACAUAAACACAUUUCCAGCCGGGGAUCUAACCGAAGUGGGAGAGAAGGUCCGUAUUCUAAACACUACUCCCGUGAAUGUCACACUGAGUGGAUAUAUGAACUCACACUUAUCAGACUACGUUAGGCAACACGAUUGA